CUAUAAAAAUGCUAGGUAAAACCAGACAUAAACAUUCCCAAACUGGGAGCAAAACACCCAACACCCCCUAUCAAAACACUAAAAAAAUAAAUAAAUAUAAAUAAUAACAAAAAAAAUAUAUAUAUAUAAUAAAUAAUAAUUAACAUAAACAUGGAUAACAAGGAAAAUCAAGACGAAGAAGGAGCUAACAUGCGUGCUCUGAGCCAAGAACAGGUCGAAGAAAUCUACGAAGUCCUGGCCAAAUACGAAAGCGUCGAGUUUGGAGGGUUAAAUCUGUCAAAUGCUGGCGAGGCAAUGCAUGACCUAGGAAUAUAUCGCACAGAAGCCGAGGUCUCAGAUAUGUUUGCGGAAUUUUAUAGCGAUCCCAACGAACCAAUUACUGUGGAACAUUUCAUCAACGUCGUGACGAAGACCUACCAGCAACUGUAUGACAUUGAAUCCAUAAGGGCCGCCUUCAAAGUCUUCGAUAUAGAUAAUAUGGGCUCCUUUAGGGCCAGCGAAAUGCGAGGCAUCGCCUCAACUAUGGGAGUCAAGUUCACUGAUGAGGAGUUUGAGGAAAUGUUCCAGGAAGUGGACUUGGAUCGCGAUGGAAAAAUAACUUGGGAGGAGUUCUUGCAUUCGGUUAUCAAGCCUUGAAAUUCCUGCCUUAAGAUUUGAUCUUCCUUUCACAUAACCAUUAAGAAACCUUCACAAAUAAACUUAAUUUUAAGAGUA